AUGGCUGCCCCCGCUCUCUCCACCAGCGGGUUGAUCGAUCCAACAAAACAAGCCGAGUAUCCUAUUGUGCUGGGUGACAGGCUCGCUGGCAAGGGUGCAUCAGACUCCCAGCUAGUCAACAUUCAAUAUAACUACAAAACCAAAUCUGCGACCGCCCGAUCUAAAAUCUCUCGAUCAAGGCAGUCUCGGGAUCGUUACAAUCUGACGAUCACGGAUAAAGCACCAAAUGCCGAGCAGAAUGUGCUGACCUACACCUAUCAAGGCAGUGUAGAUCCGGCACAAGCUGCGCUGGAAUCUCGGGAACAUAAUCUUGUCCUGGUAUUUGACGCCAAUCGGAAAGUGUUCGUACUAGAACCAGUAACGACACAGCUCAACUUUAAUCUUCGGUCAGCCCCAGCGAAGUCACACAAGCAGGUCCUUGAACAAUAUGAGCAACUACGAACGUUGCAGGAGGAAGACCAUGGUUCGGGUGACGAUCGGGCGUCUGACAAUGCCAGUGGUAAUGAUGACGGCCCGGCGGAUGACAACAACCCCUUUGAUUUUCGUCAUUUUCUUCCAAAGGAGAACGUCGAUGACGACAAAUCUGCUUCAGAUACCAGUGUGGGCAAAGCUGCGACACCAUUGAUGUUUGCUGUUAAACCCACUCCGAGUCCCAAGCCCGUGCCAGACAAGCAGAAGCAGCGGGAACCACUGCUCCGGAAAAAGGAGCGAGCAGAGGCUGUCAGGCUCCCGAAGUCAACACCGACAAAAGCACCCCCGAAGUCCCCGGCACGAAUCGAACGCAAGGGAACCGACCGGAAGGUCGUUAAAGAGGAUGACGUGCGGGUGAGCACAGCGAAGCCCCCGCCGGCUGAGACUGGCUUGGGAUUGGUCUCGUCCCAGGUAACCGAGCCUUCGCCGGGGUCAAAUAUCAUCAUCGACGGUGACUUGAUUAUCGAAAUGGGCUCGCCGCGGCCCUCGAGAAUCGACACGACCUACUUCUCCGAUACGCACACACCGGCCAGUGACGAUCACGAGGAGGAAGAUGAUGAAGAUGUUGACCAUCUCCGACUUCCUUCACCAGCCCGCCACGGGAAAGCGCCUGCAGUUCGCGAGCCUGUCUCUGCGCCGCUCGUGGAUGAAGAUGAGCUGGAUGACGAUGAUGCCCUAGCCGCUGAGAUGGAGGCGGCCUUUGAAGAAAGUGCGCGGGAGGAAGAAGAGGCACGUAACCACCAGUCGCAGCCACCAUACUCGUCGCAUCUGUACCACGCACCUAGUGAGGAUGAGAGCGAGUUUCUCGCGCUUUACAGCCCAGUCCAUCGCACUCAGCCGCUGCGAAACUUACCCGUUUUUCUCCAUAACGCUUACUGUCGCGACUCGUGGACCAACACGCCUCAUAUGCACACGAUGGCCUCUCCACGCGGCCACCGUCCGGGUCCCAGGCCUGUUCCUGCGCCUUCGAAUACCGUCCUCCUCGCGACCCAAGCUCAGUGGCUCUUCACCGAUGAAGAGCUCACGCGAACGCCGUCACAGCUCGAUGGGAUGAAGAUGGAGGCGGAAAAUACCUCCCGCAGCAAGGGCGUGAAUUUCAUCUCCCAGGUGGGUAUCAUGCUCAAGCUGCCGCAACUCACGCUUGCGACGGCCGCCGUCUACCUCCAUCGUUUCUUCAUGCGAUACAGUAUGGUCGAUCUGCCGCAACGACCUGGAAUGCACCCCUACCCCAUCGCUGCUACGGCACUGUUUCUGGCUACAAAAGUUGAUGAGAAUGUGCGGAGGAUGAAGGAGCUUGUGGUCGCUUGCUGUCGGGUAGCCCAGAAGCAGCCGAAUCUGGUGGUUGACGAGCAGUCCAAAGAGUUUUGGAAAUGGCGCGACACGAUCCUCGUCAACGAGGAUACCCUCCUGGAGGCGCUGUGCUUCGACCUGCAGCUGGAAGAGCCGUAUCGCAUCCUUUACGAAUUCCUGCUGUUCUUCAACGUGGCCGAUAACAAACAGAUGCGCAAUGCGUCAUGGGCCUUUGUCAAUGAUUCGAUGUUUACCGUCCUGUGCCUACAGUUCACCGCUCGCAACAUCGCCGCCGCCGCGCUGUACGCCGCCGCCAAGCAUUGCGACGUCGGGUUUGAAGACGACGAACUCGGUCGGCCCUGGUGGGAGCAAAUCGAUGUGGACAUCCACGAGGUGCGUCGUACGGUCACAAGAAUGGCACAAUUAUAUGAGCACAAUGCCUUGCAAAGAAAUACGUACUAUCUGUCCGCCCCCACCGCGUCAGACGAGGGUACUGAGAAGACCAGGAUCCCGCGCGCGGGCGGUACGACAGAGCCCGCGCCAGGAACAGACCCCGUCAAUGGGCGCAAGCGGUCCAGGGAGCCCGAAGAGCAGACUCACGACCGCACCCUGCACGAAUCGACUACGUCGCGCGACCACGAGCCAGCUAGACAGAAUGGUACACGGUCGCCGAAGCGACAGCGGAGGGAAGCGGAAGGCGUGGUGGCCGAGAGAGGCCCUGCGCAUGAAUCCUCGACUGUCCCCCACUCUAAUGGAGGGCCACCGUCAUCCCAAGACCGACACCACGGCAACGGUCACGUUCCUGCGGGACAACUCCCGCCGCCUCCCCAUCACUCACAAUCACGCCAUCCGCAUCCUCUGCCCCCUGCCCCUCGACCGUUCCCUCGCCGUGAUAGCGCCAGCCGGGGAAGUAAGCCGGGGCAACCGGUGGAUCCGAUCCAGCAACGGAUCGACGAGAUUGUACAACAGAAUAUGUCCUCCCACGGGUCUCCGAGCUCUGCUAGAUCUGAGCGACGGCCAAUAGACCGUCAUCGAAGCGACUGGGACGUAGAAUCAGACGAGCGCAGGCGACGCCCGUCUGCUGGUGGCAGGAAGCCAUCCUACGAAGAGCAUUCGAACCACUCCCGUGCACCACCUCCACCUGCUCCUCCACCCCCUCCUCCGCCACCUCCUCCGGAAGAAGCCCGGCCACCGUCACCGGAACCAAGGAUACCCGUUGAAAAUGAUGAUGAGGGCGGAGGGAGUGAGGAGGGCGAGCUUUGA